UGAACAUUUCGAAAACCCAAAUGGAUUCACUCAAGUUUCUGUUUGUCAUUCUCUUAAUACUUUUUCUUCUUGUUCCUUCUCAAGCCACCGGUGAUGUUGAAACCAACCAAGAUUUCUCUUCAGAUUGCAUUUUCACAAGCAAAUGCAAGGCCAGAUCAGAUUGUGAUGGUCCGUGUACUGAUCUUGGGCCUUUGAUUGGGCUGUGCGUUCCAAAUCCGGAUCCGACUGGAGGACUAAUCUGUUGCUGCAUUGAUAGUAAAAAGAGAGAUCGUAUUCCAAAUUAAGUUCUUUUAGUAUUUGUGUAGAUUCAUUUUAUCCAAAAUUCUGGUUGAUUUGGUUUAUCUACGUUUGCUUGUCAUAUGGUUUUUAAACAGG